CAGCUCUGGGGACAGGAGGGGCAGACGCCAGAGCCAGUCGGAGGGACAGGAUGGAGGGGCCGGUGUUAACACUGGGGCUGCUGGCUGCCCUGGUCGUGUGUGGCAGCUGGGGCCUGAACGAGGAGGAGCGGCUGAUCCGGCACCUGUUUGAGGAGAAGGGCUACAACAAGGAGCUCCGGCCCGUGGCCAAAGGGGGGAGUGUGGAGGUCUCGCUGGCCCUCACCCUCUCUAAUCUCAUCUCCCUGAAAGAAGUCGAGGAGACCCUCACCACCAACGUGUGGAUUGAGCACGGCUGGACAGACAGCCGGCUGCAGUGGGAUGCCGAAGAAUUUGGGAACAUCAGCGUCCUGCGCCUGCCACCUGACAUGCUGUGGCUCCCGGAGAUUGUGCUGGAGAACAACAACGACGGCUCCUUCCAGAUUUCCUACUCCUGCAACGUGCUCAUCUACCCGUCAGGCUCCGUGUACUGGCUGCCGCCCGCCAUCUUCCGCUCCUCCUGCCCCAUCUCCGUCACCUACUUCCCCUUCGACUGGCAGAACUGCUCCCUCAAGUUCAGCUCGCUCAAGUACACGGCCAAGGAGAUCACCCUGAGCCUGAGGCAGGACGAAGAGGAGGGCCGCUCCUACCCCGUGGAGUGGAUCAUCAUCGACCCCGAGGGCUUCACAGAGAACGGGGAGUGGGAGAUCGUGCACCGGCCGGCCAGGAUCAACGUGGACCCCAGUGCCCCGCUGGACAGUCCCCGCCGCCAGGACGUCACCUUCUACCUCAUCAUCCGCCGCAAGCCCCUCUUCUACGUCAUCAACAUCCUCGUGCCCUGCGUGCUCAUCUCCUUCAUGAUCAACCUGGUCUUCUACCUGCCGGCCGACUGUGGCGAGAAGACAUCAAUGGCCAUCUCAGUGCUCCUGGCCCAGUCCGUCUUCCUGCUGCUCAUCUCCAAGCGGCUGCCGGCCACGUCCAUGGCCAUCCCCCUCAUUGGCAAAUUCCUGCUCUUUGGCAUGGUGCUGGUGACCAUGGCCGUGGUGAUGUGUGUCAUCGUGCUCAACAUCCACUUUCGCACACCCAGCACACACGUGCUGUCUGAGGGCGUCAAGAAGCUCUUCCUGGAGACCCUGCCCGAGCUCCUGCACAUGUCCCGCCCAGCGGAGGACGGGCCCAGCCCCGGGGCCUUGGUCCGGAGGAGCAGCUCCCUGGGCUACAUCUCCAAGGCCGAGGAGUACUUCUCGCUCAAGUCCCGAAGUGACCUUAUGUUCGAGAAGCAGUCAGAGCGACACGGGCUGGCCCGGCGCCUCACCACUGCACGCCGGCCCCCAGCAGGCUCUGAGCAGGCCCAGCAGGAGCUCUUCAGUGAGCUGAAGCCAGCUGUGGAUGGGGCCAACUUCAUUGUCAACCACAUGAGGGACCAGAACAAUUACAAUGAGGAGAAGGACUGCUGGAACCGUGUGGCGCGCACAGUGGACCGACUCUGCCUGUUUGUGGUGACGCCCAUCAUGGUGGUGGGCACGGCCUGGAUCUUCCUGCAGGGCGCCUAUAACCAGCCUCCACCCCAGCCUUUCCCCGGGGACCCCUUCUCCUACAAGGAACAGGACAAGCGCUUCAUCUGAGUGGGCCUGCCUGGCCCGGCCUGACCCAGUGCCCAGGGCAGCACUGAGUGGGGCCCUUGGCCUGAAAGGGAUGGGCCUGCGGGGUGAGGGGGAGCCAUGUGGACAGGGGUGUCUAAGAGAAG